GGUCGUGUGCCCUACAUCAGUGUUCAGUAAUAGUCAUUUGGAUGUUAAAAAGGUAUGUAACAAAAAAACAUUCUGGAAAUAUCUGGAGCUGGACGACAGGGUCCAUUGUGACGACUGAGGGCCUUUUGCCGCGCAGGGUGAAGAUUAAGGCUUCAUGAAUGACAUGACUGACCCAAACAGACGAGAGGAUGAGUAUGAGUAUGAGUACUCAGACACUGGAUGGGUCAGAAGGCUGAAGGGCACCACUGACACAAGUGCCCCACUUCCUGAACCUGAGCCAGGCAUUGUGACAGUGGGAUUAACCGAAACAAUGACAGCAGGUCACACUGACACUUCGACCGCUGUCCCCACCGCAGCCGAUGACACGUGUCUCAGCCAGCUACAGGCCACUCCUCUGAGUGACAGAGGAGCCAGCUGUGACAGUGACCUGACUACAGAGCACGGUGAAACCAGCGCAGGUCCAAGGGUGGUGGUAGACACAGGCGUGGAUGCCCCAAAUGCCACUGUUGAAACAAGAAACAACAGGGGCACUAACAACUGCCCCAGUAAAACUAGUUCCGUUCUUGGUACUUUGAUGGACUGCGUUAUCACACCAGCACACUGUUUUGUCGAUUCUCGGUCGACGUCUUUAGAAACUUGUGCGGUUAGCAGCAGCGGUCUUCAAACCAAUACUAAUCUCAGAGCCCAAAAUGAGAAGAGUAAGCUGGUGGUUGAUGAACAGAAAGAUACUGAGGAAGACGAGAGGCACAUUUGUAUAAAACCCAACUAUUUAGCACUGAGCCAAGCUACCACAAAUCUGUUGGCUAAGGAAUUUCAAUUUGAAUGUUCUGACCUCUUUAGACCUGUACCUGAGGUAGAGCCAUGGACUGAGGUAGUAACGUGUGAUGCUUUCAAGCCAGAAGAAGGCAGACAUCAAACACAUUUGGAAACACAUUCAAAGAAUCCCAUCAGUGGUAAACAAGAGACUGUGGAGGGUGAUUUGGGCACGCGGGUAAAAUGUGACUCUUUUGCGGUGAGUCAGGCUACCACAGAUGUGGUGGUUGAGGAACCUCAAAUUGAACACUCUUCUGAUGUGAAAGAAGAACUGAAAGCUGUUUCUGAAGCAGACGAGUGGACACAAUUAAAUACUUCAGACAGUAGAAGUUCAGGAGUGGACAGUAAAAAACACAUAGACAUUGAGACCAAGCAAACUGAUAAACCUUACUCAGAUCAGCGGCAUGUAGGGAAUCAAGCACCCAAGGAAAGUCAUGGUAUCCAGGAAGGCAGCACACAUGGUUACCAGGAAGUCGACAUAGAAGGAACGUCCGUAGCUGGUGGUAGUGGUAGUGAUACACACAAUGUCUUAAAUCCCCUUCAGGGAUCACAAACAGAAGCACAGGGGGUCAGCCUUGAAUGUGAGGCUGAAGUGGCGCAGCAGGUUUUGGGUUACAGUGGCACACAUGUCUUGGUGCAGAGUGAGGAGAAUUUCACAAUGAACGCUGGCGAGAUUAGCGCUGAGCAUGAAAUGGCACCAAAUGAAAUUCUCAUCCCUGCUCCUUCUGUACCAUGUUCUGCGGAUUCUCUGGCAACAGCCCUAGGUGUGAGUGCAGCUAAUUCUGACCAGGCCACAAACAAAGACAUUAAUGCUGAGGACAGCAAUGUUGAAGUUACAUCUUGCACCACAGUCAACUUAACACCUGAAACUGAUACAAGUGAGCUGGUGGUUGACACAGAACAUUUGACAGAUGUCUGCAAUCUCAUGGAAAAACAGGAGGAUCCUGUAAAGGGAGACUUGGAGAAGUCAGUGGACAGUGACUCCCUUGUAGUGACCUCAGAGGACACUACAGAUGUGGUGGGUGAAGAGGAGGUUCAGUUUCUACCUAUUCCCGAUGUAAGAGAAGAGGUUAGAGUUGUGUCUGAGAUAGAGGGGUGGACACAGUUAGAAAUCAGUGACAGUUGCAGUGAAAAGCCUCAGGAAGCUCAGACAUGUCACGUUGCUCAGUCUUCAGACAAUCUUGCGCCUGAGGAAACACAUGGCUUAUACCAGGAGGGCUACACUGAGGGAAUGUCUGUGACUAAGUGUGACAGAAAUCAAGUCUUAAAAACUAUACAGGGAUCAUCAACCGAGGACCAGGAGAUUAGCCUUGAAAGUGAGCAGAAGUCUUUAGAAUACUGUGAAACUCAUUUCUCGGUGCAGACAGAUGAGAACUUUUCAAAGAAUGAAGCUGAACAAAGUAGCUCUCUGGUUGAAACAGCUAAAGAUACUCUGGAUUCAACUAUUUCUAUAGGCAGAAAUGCAGAUAACACUGGCGCUGCCUCAAACAUCCACCUCAGUCUUCUGAGUGACUCUGACAAGACCAGUUUAGAGACUGUAUCCUGCGACGCAAUGACUUUAACACCUGACACCACCAGCGAGUUGUUAGUGCAGCAUCUAACCAAUGACCAGGGAGAGAUAGAGGCAAGUGAUGCAGAAAAGUUUGUAAAAUGCGACUCUGUUUUAUUGUCUCAGGUUAUGGCAGAUGUUGUGAUCGAGGAACCUCAGUUCCAAACUUCUCCUGAUGUCAGGGAGGAGGUUGCAGUUACCUCUCAGGAUGAGACAAGGAUGGCAUUAGAAACCUGUCAAGUUAUCUCUGAAGUUAGAAACUUAGAAAUCUGUCACAGUGGCAGUACGGAAGAAGAGGGACAGCUUAGAUAUUUCGAGACACAUUACUCAGAUCAGCCUUUGAUGAACGUCACUGAUAAACAACAGGUGGAUACCACAGAGGGUGACAUAGGCGGAAUUGACAGCCAUCCCUUGACCUAUAACGUCCAGAAUUCAAUUACGCAAAGCCUCUCGGCGCUAAGCUUAAGCGAAAGCGGUAACUGGUACCAGUCACAGGCAACUGGAACACAGAACCAGGCACCUGUUGCCCCGGGGGACUUAACUGACGCCUCUGUGGGAGAGGAGGACGAGGGUGAAGGAGUCAGUGUCAAGCGAGCAGACUAUGACUCAUCGUCUAACGAGUCAUGGCUGGAUGCCUGCCAGUUCUUGGCAGGUGAGGAGAAUGACGAGUGGGGCCAUUCUCCUGUCGUGAGUAGCUGCGAUGAGUCAACAAACGUUUACACGACACGCAGCACAAAGGGUUUAAGCGAGCAGGGCGGCCCGGGGGAAACAGAGAGUGAGCCAGAGCCAGGCAGUAGUCACUCGGCCCUCUGGAUGCCGCCUAUCGAGAGAUGGUCGUCCUCUGACAGCUGGGUUAGCGCUCUGUCAGACUGGGCACCUGCUUUGCCUACCCAUCCAGAAGAUCCAAACGGCUGUGAAUCAGGAAUAGAGGCCAGCGGCAUGGCUAUCCAGAAGGGCCAACAAGCCGUGGAAGUGGAAGCCAGCCCAGGCGGGUCCAGCCAAAAGGGGCAGGCGGUCACGACCCUCCCCCAAAACCUGUUGGCUCUUGGAGUACAUCAGUCAGCUGAGACUGGGGUCGGCGGAGCGGAAGUGGACGGGGAUUCCAGGGGACCGACGACAUCACACACGGUAGUUGCAUGCAGCUGCCUGCCGACCCCAGCGGAGAAAACUGCAGCUUUGUCUGGCGACAUGGGGGCCGCCUGUGACACGCUGUCGGCGGGUGAACCCUUUGUGCACCAGCCGGACUGUCCCAGGAACUUGCUGUAUGGGGACAGCUAUAGGAUUCAGACAGAUUUGUACCGCAAGAUACAAGCCUCUCUACAACAGCCGUCUAAAGAUGGCGGACAACAGCAUUUUCAGCCAGGCAGCACUCUGUGGGGGGCGACCGAAGGCGGCGUGUCCCUGCCCGUCUUGAGCUCUGAGGAGAAAGGCGAGAGGACUUAUGGCACUCUGAACAUCUCAGAUUACCUCAGCCGAGCAGCUCUAGGAGGAGAGGGGCACGGUGCCUAUGCGCCUUUCCUGGCCACAGACUCCGAGACGGGACACUUGACAUGCAGCUUGGACCAAGCAGACUCCUCGCGGAGGGGGGUUUCCAGUUCAGAGCUGAGCGCUGGAUCUCUGCGGCGGCUGCAAGGGGAGAAGAGAGGAUUUCCGCACUUGAUAAUUCCCUUCGGCCCCGCCACCGGUCAGCCCUAUCUCUGCGACUCUGCCCAGCGUCUGGUUAGCUGCCCCUUGCCAGGGGAUCAUCUCAGUGCUGGUGGACUACCCAAGGACCCCGAGGCUUGGGCACGCUCGAUCGGCACUGCUUUUCCCUCACUGCUGCUGGGUGAACAUCAAACUCGCGAGAUCGAGAGUGUGUCUGAAACCACCGACUCGUCAGGUAGUUGGGAAUCGUCCUCGGUCUCCAGCGGCUCAUGUUCCUCUGAGGAUGAGGACGCAGAGGAGGGAGAGUCUCUCUUUAUCGACGAAGAGUCUCUACUCAAAGCCAACAACAUCAGGAGAGAGUGUGACAACCUGUUGAUCGCCACAGGAGAACAUUAUACGGUUUUAGAGCAGGACCGUGUGGCGUGUCUCACUCUAGAGUCCAAGCCGUGUUCUUCUCCAUGUGCCAACAAAGGACAGGAGGGUAAUUUCACGGACUCUUUUAUCAAAAGCGACAAGAUGCCUCACAAGACUUCAAAGAGUUCCUUGGAGGGCAGAGGUCACUCCAGGCACCACCACAAGGACAAGUCCGGAGGCCAUCACUCGGCAGCACAUGCCUCCAAGAAACAGGAGAACGUCCAUCCGGAAUCUCAGAGCUCAGGCUCCGUGUUACCCAACAACGUGAGCAGCGAGGACGCACCCGUGACUGUCAUUGAGACAAUUGUCAUAACGGAGAAGGUGACACACCACAAAAGCCAUGGGAGAAGGAAGAAGAAACAUCACCAGGCUUCCUCCACCACAGGGAAAUCAGAAGUGGUGCCUCUGGCCGAAGUGGAGAACGGAGCCACGCAGAAGACUGCAAAGGAUAAGGCUUGCAAUGCUGAAGCAUCUACGGCACAUGUGGAUAGUGUCCAAAAGAAAGUGACGGGGGCGAAAGGCAAGAUCGCAUCUUUUGAGGCCAUAUUUGGUCCGAAGAAAGGUUUGGAGAAAGACAGUGUUCUCUCCGAGCCCGUACCAAAGGCCACUGCGGACAAGCAUGGAGUGCUGCACAAAAAGGCAUACAGCGAUGUGGUCAAAGCCAAGAUACCCCCACCAAAGCCAGCCCCUAAGGUGGUGGAGGAGAUCCAGGCACUGCCUGUCCCAGAAGAUCCCCAGAGUGUCUGUCUCAAGUGCCAGUUUGGGCCCAUUGCCACCAAUGCCACUGUCACCUGGACAAAGGGAGGAACAGUGCUAUCGGAGAACAAGAAGAGCGCUGGCGAUGGUAGCGGGGAGAGCCUCACCUUGCAGAAGGCCUGCAGUAAAGACCUAGGCAUGUACCGCUGCAUCCUCACGUGCUCCCUCGGCUCCGUUCACUCCGACUUCCACUUCACGUCUGAAGUUCUCUGUGAACUGGUCAUCCCAAGCCAUAGUAAUGAAGCGGAGCCGGCGGAGGUGAUGGGCGAGGAGGAGGACGUGCAGUGCGCCCCGCUCCUCUUCAAGGAGGACUUCCUGUCCGAGCAGUACUUCGGCGAGCACCAGCCGGCCAGCAUCUCCACCGAGAGGGAGCACUUCGGCGAGGGCAUGCACCGCAAGGCCUUCCGCGCCACCCUGAAGGCGGGCACCGUGUUCGACCUUGGCCCCGGACACCCCUGCGUCCUCAAGGUCCACAACACCAUCGACCACGGCACCAACAGCAUCGAGGAGCUGGUCCAGAGGAACUACAACCUAGCCGUGGAGGAAUGUCAUGUGCAAAAUACAGCCAGAGAGUACAUCAAAGCCUAUAACAACGUGGCCAAGUCUGCAGAGUCGUUUGGGGAGCUUCCCGAGAUCAUUCCCAUUUUCCUGGUGCAUCGGCCGGCUAACAAUAUUCCCUAUGCCACCUUGGAAGAGGAGCUGAGAGGAGACUUUGUCAAGUACUCGGUGAGGGACGGGAAGGAGAUCAACUUAAUGCGGAGGGACUCGGAGGCGGGCCAGAAGUGCUGUGCCUUCCAGCACUGGGUCUACACCAUCACUGAGGGAAACCUGCUGGUGACCGACAUGCAAGGAGUGGGUAUGAAGCUGACAGAUGUUGGCAUUGCCACCCCCAAGAAAGGGUACAAAGGCUUUAGGGGAAAUUGUGCAACCUCCUUCAUCGACCAGUUCAAGGUUCUCCACCAGUGCAACCGCUUCUGUGAGCUCCUGGGCCUCACGUCCCUGCAGCCGAAGCCCAAACGGACUGCUCCCCCAGCCAAGCCCAAACCACAGCCGGCCCCCAAGAAAAAGACCUUUGGCCCGCCAUUGAAAGGGAAAUCCUGAUUGACGGAGACGCUUUUUGUCCACUCUUCUAGUAUGACGUAGGGAUGAUUUAUUUCUCAUGCAAUGGAUCUGAAAGAGAAGUGUAGUGAUGAUGAUGCUGAUGACAAAAGACAAGAGACUUUUGGGCCAGACACUAAAAUGGAAACUCCUGAUCAAUUGAAGAAAUUGGACAGUUUUUCAAAUGUGUGCUUUGUUUUUUAUUCAACAAUAUCAGAGACAGGUGUGAUGGGGAAGUUUGGGGUCACAUGAGCUCAUUCUGGACAUCUGGAACUCUGCAUUUGUCACGGGACAAGGACGUGCCCAUGGUCAGACCUACGUAUACAAUGACUAUUGUACAUUUUGUGGGCUGAAAUGACAUUUUCGAGGUCUUCAAGAGACCAGGUGUUUGUCGUUGUUUGCAGAGCACGCAGGAGUGGGCGCAUGCAUGUGUUUGGUCCAAUGUUGGACUUUUCUUGAUUGCAGUCACAGCGCCUUGUUACAGUAUGCACCUUCGGCCAUGUUGUCACUGGAUGUUCUGGUCUCUUAUGACGAAGCAAGGCUGGAACAGCAGGUGUUAUAUAGACUAUCUGGCAUGCUAGGACAGCAUGUGUUCAUUUGAACACUAGGCCCCUACGCUGAAUUUUCAGUAAUUGUAUUUUCUAAUAUUGUGCAGUGUACUACUGGAGUUGAAAUGCUGUACUUGCAUUUUACCAUCCCCCUAGCGUAGCACCAUAUUUUAGCACAUCACCUGUAAUAUAUAAAACAUUUAAAAGUUACAAACAUCCAUUUUCGGUGUUCUUUUUCUCUGUUCUCUUUUGAAUGAUGUGUUUUUUUCUACCAAGAAGAAAUCGGUUUAUAAGAUUGUCAGAUGAAAUAACAUUUUUAUUCUGUGGGUCAGAUAAAAUGUGUAUGAGUGAUGACGUGAAUGGAGAGACUUUUGCAUUUUGGCAUUUCUUGUCGUGUUUAGGUCUGAAUUGAACGGUAGAGUGUGUCAUUUUUUUGGUUGUUUAUUUCCAGAAUUUACGCUGCCCAUUCAUUACAUUUUUCUUCUAUAUUUACCACCAGCAUCAGCUCUUAAUGACUUGAAAAUAUACACUUUUCAUACGUAAAUAGGUUCAUCUUUUCCAUGUCCGCCUUUUUGAAUGAUUCGUCUUUGACAUCAAUGUAGGCCUAUAUUUUGCUCAGACCAGUAAGUUUAUUUCUAAAUAAAUGUGCAAGAUAAAUAUCAAAUUGGUGAAUGGGCAGCAUACAUUUUCAAAAUGAUCGACUAAAAUCCUGCUUAUUCUGCCUUUAAGAAAAUUGUACAUAUACUCUGGCUCAGUGGCAGCUAUGGUGUAAGUGGAGAAGGAAUGAUUUGCCAUAACAACUGGUUAUUUACUUAGAGCGCUCAACCUUUCAUGUUUUUUUGUAUUUGCAAGUAAACAAAUGUGCAGGCUUGUAACAUAUACUCUGUAAAAAAAAGGCUAUGCUUGAAGGAGGAUGUUUUAAAAAAAACAGAAGUGUGUGUGUGUGUGAGGUCCUUCCACUUGACCUGUUCUUUAGGUAAAUAUGGCUCCGUUUAGAAUGUUAGCCUGCCAUACGCACUUUCACAGGACACAGAGGUUAUCACUGUCUGCUAUUUUUAUCGGUCGGCUAGCUCGGUUUCACAAAACUCGACACCAGUUACACAAACAUGUGCUUUAAAGCAGUUUAAUAAAAAAACAAUUCACCUGA